UUGACACGUAUGCUUAUCUGACGGAAUAACAUUUCCUAUUAUAAAUGAAGUUUCGAUGUUAAAGGACUGGAUAAUUGACUAAUUGACGAUAUAAACAGAUCCAGCGUCGCAGCCACCACUGGAGGCCCGAAGAUGAGCAGCAUAGUCGAGCAGCCAUGCUACACCCUCAUGAACAUUCCCGCGGACUCGGAGCCGAUAAACGAGCUCCAGAUGAAGCAGGACCUGGAGAAGGGUGACAUUCCCAUAAAGAUCGAGGCCCUGAAGAAAACAAUCCACAUGAUCCUGAGUGGAGAGCGCCUGCCAGGCCUGCUCAUGACGAUAAUCCGGUUCGUCCUGCCCCUGCAAGACCACACGAUAAAGAAGCUCCUCCUGAUCUUCUGGGAAAUAGUCCCGAAGACCUCCCCGGACGGCAAGCUCCUCCAAGAGAUGAUCCUCGUGUGCGACGCCUACAGAAAGGACCUCCAGCACCCAAACGAGUACGUCAGAGGAUCGACCCUGCGCUUCCUCUGCAAAUUGAAGGAGCCAGAGCUCCUGGAGCCCCUGAUGCCAGCGAUAAUCGCCUGCCUGGAGCACCGUCACUCCUACGUCCGUCGUAACGCAGUCCUGGCGAUCUUCACGAUCUACAGAAACUUCGAAUUCCUGAUCCCCGACGCCCCAGAGCUGAUUGCCAAGUACCUCGAGGGCGAGCAGGACAUGUCCUGUCGUCGAAACGCCUUCCUGAUGCUCCUGCACGCUGACCAGAGCCGAGCCCUGGCUUACCUAGCAGCUUGCCUCGACCUCGUCCCCACCUUCGGUGACAUUCUCCAGCUGGUGAUUGUGGAGCUCAUCUACAAGGUCUGCCUGGCGAAUCCCUCUGAACGAGCUCGCUUCAUUCGCUGCAUCUACAGCCUCCUGAACUCCCCGAGUGCAGCUGUUCGUUACGAGUCUGCUGGAACCCUGGUGACACUGUCGAGCGCCCCAACGGCGAUAAAGGCAGCUGCCUCCUGCUACAUUGACCUCGUCGUCAAGGAGAGUGACAAUAAUGUCAAGCUCAUUGUUCUCGAUCGUCUGAUUGCGUUGAAGGAGAGCCCUCAGCACGAGAGAGUUCUCCAGGACCUCGUGAUGGAUGUUCUCAGGGUACUGGGCUCGCCAGCCCUCGAAGUGAGAACUAAAACCCUCGCUCUGGCUAUUGAUCUUGUUACCACGAGGACUAUUGAGGAGAUGGUGCAGCUUCUGAAGAAGGAGAUCCUCAGGACUGCUGGGGGAGAGCACGAGGAUGCUGGCAAGUACAGGCAGUUGUUGGUGAGGACUCUGCACACUUGCUCCAUCAAAUUUCCGGAUGUCGCUGGGACUGUUAUCCCGGUGCUAGUGGACUUUCUCUCUGAGAAUAACGAGGCUGCUGCCACUGAUGUUCUGGUCUUCAUCAGGGAGGCCAUUCAACGGUUUGAGAACCUCAGACCACAGAUCAUUGAGAAGCUCCUGGAGGUGUUCCAGGAUAUUCGGUCGGUGAGGGUGCACAGGGGCGCUCUGUGGAUUCUUGGGGAGUAUGCCAUGUCCAGGGAGGAUAUUGAGAGCCUCAUGGGGAGGAUCAGGGCGGCGCUGGGGGAUCUGCCGCUCGUGGAGGCUGAGAACAAGAGGCAGGCUGGGGACAAACCCGGUGAGGAAGGCAAUACUCAGGUGCAGCCUGCUCAACUCGUCACUUCUGAUGGAACUUAUGCUACACAGAGCGCUUUCAGCACCACUGGCGGUGGGAAGAAGGAGGAGAAGAGACCGGCUUUGGUGCAGUACAUGAUGGAUGGGGAUUUCUUCAUUGGGGCUUCCUUGGCUACUACUCUGUCCAAGUUGGCACUCAGGUACAAGACAUUGGAAAGUAACGAGCAGAAGACCAACAGAAUGCAGGCGGAAGCAAUGCUGAUAAUGUCCAGCAUUCUGCAAUUAGGAAGAUCCGGUCUGUCUUCCAAAGCAAUGACCCACGACGACGCUGAGAGGAUCUCUCUGUGCCUUCGAUCCCUGGCUUGUCCAACUCCCCUCGUUCAGCAGGUCUUCACCGAGGGCUGCAGAGACGCCCUCGGGAGGAUGCUUGCAGCCAAGGCAGAAGAAGACUCCCAGAACCAGAAGGCCAAGGAGAAGCCUGGAAACGUCGUCCAAGUGGACGAGGCCAUUCAGUUCCUGCAGUUGAACAGAAAUGCUGAUCUCACUGGUGGCACUGGCGACGUCUUCGAGCAGAGUCUCUCAGCCGCUGUGGCAGGAAGACCUGGCAGUGGUGGAGCUGAUGCACCAACGCCCAGUGCCCUCAGCAAGGUCACCCAGCUGACUGGAUUCUCAGAUCCUGUUUAUGCUGAGGCACUGGUGCAUGUCAAUCAGUAUGACAUUGUGCUCGAUGUCCUCAUUGUCAAUCAGACUGAGGAUACUUUGCAGAAUUGUACGCUGGAACUGGCGACAAUGGGGGAUCUCAAGCUUGUGGAGAGGCCCCAGCCCAUUGUGUUGGCACCUAGGGAUUUUGCGAGUAUCAAGGCCAGUGUCAAAGUGGCAUCCACUGAGAAUGGAAUCAUUUUUGGAAAUAUUGUUUACGACGUAUCUGGAGCUGGAUCAGACAGAUCAGUUGUUGUCCUCAACGACAUUCACAUAGACAUAAUGGAUUACAUCGUCCCUGCAACCUGCACUGACGCUGAAUUUCGGCAGAUGUGGGCUGAAUUCGAAUGGGAGAAUAAAGUGUCAGUCCACACAACAAUUGCAGACCUCAGGGAGUACCUCGUACACCUACUCAAAUCCACCAACAUGCGCUGUCUCACUCCAGAGAAGGCAUUAUCCGGACAAUGUGGCUUCAUGGCAGCAAAUAUGUACGCAAAAUCAAUAUUUGGAGAGGACGCCCUCGCCAAUCUGUCGAUCGAGAAGCCCCUGAAUAAGCCAGAUGCUCCUGUAGUCGGCCACAUCAGAAUUCGUGCUAAGAGCCAGGGGAUGGCACUAUCUCUCGGUGAUAAAAUUAGCUCUGCUCAGAAGGUCGUCCAGACAAAAGUCGUACAGGCUGCGUAACUCGAGGAUUUCCCAUGAAAUCCAGGAGAGUAAAAAUCACAUACAAUAAACUCAUAACUAAAAACUUAUGAUUUCAUCAUCCACGAACAGGUAUUCGAAAAUUCCAACAUAAUUCAGUUUAGAUUUAUCACAUUUUAUUCAAUCCUAAGGGAAAGAAACAGUAAAGUAAGAGAUGUUACAUGUAGUUAUCAGAAAAAUAAAUAAAUUUUAAUAUGUAUAGAG